CUUGACGCGGCUCUCAGUCACAUGGUUGUGCUGAGCGGAGCUGAUGGAGCCAGAUGAGAGCGGCAGGAGGAGGAGGAGGCGAGCCCCUCCGGUCGCGCGUCAGCAUCCUCUCCGGUAGGGAUCCGCUGCUGUCACUUCUGCCCGCGCGCCGAGACGCGGACGACACCGAGCCCUCCAACUGCAAACACAGGCGAAUUUCACCGGGCAUGCAGCUUUUUGUUUUUGUUUUUUUCCCCUUCUUUUUGUUUGUGAGAUGUGAUGUGAUGUCAGAUCAGAGCAGCGAGGGGAGGCAGUGAGGAGGCUGUGAAGAAUGAUAGUGUGGAUGAAGGCGCGCUGUCCCAGGAGAACUCAUCUGAAGAGCUGGCCGUCACACACCGGGAUGCUCCUCUAACACACCGACCGAGUUUACCUGCAGGUCUGAGCGUCAGAGUUUGAGCUUGAACGAACGUGAGGGAGGAAGCGAGACGAAGCGGGUGUCAUGGAGGACAGCAAGGCAGCAAAUGGAGGCGACCACGACACCUACCAAAACCUGCUGCUCCUGGGAGCCAUCGCGGCGGCCUCGGCCUUUGUGGUCACCAUCCUCAUUGUCCUCGUCUGCGUCGGCUGCCAGAGGAAAAGCAAGAGCAAGCACCCCCCAGCUGGAGAUAAAGGGACAUCUGUAAAUAUGGGAACACUUCGGCAUCCAAAACUGAACUCCAUGAGCAAAUCGGACACCAGGCUUCACGAGAUCAAUCGUUUUCCCUGCAAUGGAAACUCAGUUAGUAAGAGCCGUCCAGCCAGCAUGGACCUCCUGCUUCUCCACAGUCGGCGCUCCCAGACAGACCUGAGGCCGUCCCACGGGCGCCAGCUCCCCCAGAUCCCCACCAGUCCCCAGGGGUCCGGCCAAGGGGGAGGGGGAAACGGGGAGACGGGCAGUGAAGGAGGCGGGGGUGGAGGAGGUGGAGGAGGGGGAGGAGGAGGAGGAGGAGGAGGAGGGGAAGCCAGAGACCACACCUACACCGAGGUGGGUCUGCGCAACAACCCCACACCCACCCACUACCUGGACGACGGCCUGUAUGAGAGCGUGGGCGUCCGGGAAAGUGACGUGGGCCCCAAGGUGCAGCCGGCCCCUCCGACCACGUCGACCAACACCCCGGCUUCGGCUCGAGCCACGCAGAGCCCCACGGCGCCGGUCAACGGAGGCCGCAACGGAAAUGGGAACGGUGGAAGAGGCAACGGGAAAGGGAACAGCGCCAUCAACGGACCAAUGGGAGGAAGAGGUAACGGGGCGAGUGGGGUCAACAGGUCCCCGCUGUCUUCUGUCAAUUCGCUGGCCAUUCAAGAUCCAUCCGGAGCCGAGUACGCUUCCAUACGGAAGUUCAGAAAAGUCGACAAGAUAAACAGGAAGGAAAAUAACGGAGCCGACAGCCAGUCAGACAGCCAAUCGAGCGUGAGUGAUUCACCCUCCGCCGCUCCUCCUCCGCUGCAUCGCAGUCAGGAGUUUCCACGCAAGCCACUGGAGCCAUUUCACCUGCACUCCUUCCCAAAGGAGGCAGUGUUCAUUGGCAAUGGGGAGCAGUACAUCUGGAAGCCUCCAGAAGACGAUGACAUUAUCACCUUGCACCCGCCUCCACACCGCGGAGAGAAUGGACAGGGCCACCCGUCACCCCCCACUGCAAAGGAGAUUGCAGACACUUACUCCAUCGUCUGCAAAUCGCAGAAGAAGAAGCCGCCCAUGGAACACAACGGAGCAAAGACCCUUCCACGCUCCUUCGGCGGGGACAAAGGAAUGGGUUCUCGGGGUCGAGGCAGAGGAGUCCAGGCCCAGGCGCGCUCCCAGGAAGAGCCCUGCUACGAGCCGGUGGGAGACCGGUCCUGGUCCACCCCCAUGGCCGAUUCAGACCCUUCGUAUGCGAGUAUUGACAGCCACCGGAAACGGGAGCAGGGGGGAAAUAACAGCACAUUUGGGGGUAGCGCCACGCUGAAGAGGAAGAAGCAGACGUCGCAACAGCAGCCGGCAGCACCAGCCGCACCUCAAGGCUCAGGACCCUCCGCCCCUCCUGCCAGAGGCCUGCCCGGUGGGGAAAACUUCUAUGAGACCAUCGGCGAUGUGAAACAGGGAGCCAACAGCUCCAGCACUACCACCAUUUUCACCUUCAACGAUGGGAUGGAGAUGUAUGUCACUGGCCUGUAGCUGGCUGAUAGGCAGAAAAAGGGCCCACAAUCCACUGAGAGUGCAGGAGUCUUCCUGUUCACCAGCCCUCACGUUACUGUACAUAAAUACGAGGCCCUCUUACGUCCAACUACAUGAGGAUCCAUUCUGUGUUGACAUCAGGUACAAACAGGGUCUUAAUCCAGGUUCAGACUUCCCUUGAUUGGUCUGUACUGCAGAACCAGCCUAAGCCUAGUUCAGCCCAAAUAUGGACCAAACACAUUUUAACAGCUUGAAAAGAAAAAAAAAAAAAACACAACUGGAAUAUACAUCUUCAAUCUACUGUGUUAUCAUACUCACGUGUGCGUGUGUGUGUGUGUAUGUAUGUGUGUGUGUGUGUGUGUGUGUGUGCGUAUGCGCAUUGUUUUCCAUUAUAUCUUUAUUUUUAUAUGGACACUGUACUCUUUAAAGAGUAUGUGGUAUGACACAAUCUGAGAAGAACACACUUUAAUAUAUAUGAAAAAAGAAAUGUGCAUGCGUUGUGCAAAAUCACAUGAAAAUAGAUUGUAAUAAGCAUUGAAUAUGGCUCUGUAAAGACAAAAAAAGGACAUAGGACACACACACACUCUCUCACACACACACAAAUGUUUCAUCUUGGUGGGGGAAAAAGUAACCUAAGCAUCAGAGUGUCAGAGAUUUACGGGGUUAAACUCCCCCCCCUAAGAAAACAUCUAAAACAGGUUCUCCGUGUGCACUGACCUGUUGCAUGGCAGGCAUUAUUGUGAGUCAAACAAAUGCAUUUAAUUUGUAGUCCUGCUUACUCACAGCAGCUGUCUUCAUCCCUCAGAUUUUGAUUGUUGUGCACUAAGCACUUGUCAGCAACAAUCCCAUAAAAACAGUUUUUUUUUUCCCCCAAUAAUGUAUCCUUGAUGUGACAUGAAUUGAAUAAUCUGAAGAAAAUUCGUGUCAAAAUUUGACAAACAUCUGUAGCCAGAGGCAUGUUGACACACCCUGAAAGCUCCCCACGCAGAUGCACACAUACUUGACGGAGUCAUGUAGGGUGAAGUGAUCAGGUCAGGGGCAUGGUGUAGUUUGCGCAAGAGUUUCCCCAGAGCGAUGUGGGUGACAGAUUUCACAACGCAAGACCUUCAUCGUGUCACUGGGAUAAAAGAAAGGUUAAAAAAAAAAAAAAAUCAAAUAAAAAGGAAGUGAAAGUGUGUCCAAAAUAAUACAGGAAGCUUCAGUAUGUGUAGUUGAUAUAUCAUGUGUUUUGAGCCUUGUAAACUGUUGAUUUUAUUACCGUUGUAAUUUUGCACUGGACAGCUGCAGGACUGCUGGGCUUUAUUGUGCGUCGAAAUGCAGUAACAGGCGUAUUUGAGCACAGUUUGCUAUUCGCUUUCAGGACUCAGGUCAAAGCCAGAGCUCCUCCCAGCUCGCCAGACUUAAGCCGAGCGGUUGAAAUAGCAGCAGAAGGUUUGGACUCCAAGGAAAAUAAAGAGCUGGGAAUAAAAAUGACUAUAGUGAGUGUCCUUUGGAAGGUUGCCGUACCCUCCCCUCCCCACCCUUGUGUCCAGUCUCUGUGCUGAGUUUGCUUCCAUUAUAAACAAUGACUUUCCCGUGUAGCUUUGGGGGACAUUAAAAAAGAAAGAACGGAGGAAGAAAACAAAACAUAGGAGGCUUAAUAAACAGACAUAAGGAUAAGGAGAUAAGAGGGAUACUGCUCACUCCUCACAGGCGGAGAGUUGAAGAAUGCAUUCAAAUCAUCUCACUGUGAGACAACCAUGCAAAGACAAGACGGGUUUAGAAAGUUUAGUAACAUAAAUUUAUUAAUGCUAAGGUGUCAGAAAGUAUGUAAAAAUAAAAGCACUCUGUAUUUAAAUGCACUGUUUAUUUUUUCUUACCUACUGAUAAUGCCAUUGGUUAAAUAGCUCAUACCACUGCCAUGAAAACAGUAUGUUUAUGUUGUUGGUGCAAUUUUUCCUGCUUGAUCAAAUAAGUGCAUGCUUUGAUAUAUGGAGAUGAAAACAAAUAUUGUGGUACUUAAUUGAUCUCUUGUUUGUUAAUCUUUUCUGUUGUACUUUUUUUAAAUUGUGUAAAGCAACAAGCAGCGUUCAGUCCUCUCCAAGGCAACAACUUGGGAGGAAGAGGGGAGAGAGAAACGGAGAGGAGGAGUCGCCCGGAGUUUUUGUUUAUUCUCUGCACUGGUGGAGCAAGGAAAAGUGAUAGAGGUGGGGAGGGGAGGGGGGAGGGGGAAGGGGUGCGCGGCUAGUAUAAAGCUGUGUGGGGAUCAUUUCAAGUGAAUCCAGACCCAGAGGACCCUCCUCCUCCUCAAACGUUCGGCCGUGCGCAGUCCCAGUGUAGGGGAGGAAGCACAUUUCGCUUCCACUUGGUCAGCCGUUGUCUAUACACCCUCCCCCAGCUAUGUUCAUCCUCCAGUAACCAACCCAGACUUCUCUCUUUUUACCCCCCCCCCCCCCCCCCCUCCCCUUUUUUUUAAUGCUUCACCUUUUUCCCUCGCUGUGUUGGGGAGGGGCCUGCGAUGUCCAGUUCUGAAAGGGGGCUGAGGAGGGGGCAGGCCAACCCAAGUCUUAUAUCAAUGCACCAAUGGCUCAACCACUGUCCGAUAUGAAAAAUGGCCAACAGCUGAGAUGCUUAACAAGCUCUGUCAAGGCUUCCCAGUAACAAUGCAGGCUGGAAAUCACCAUCACACUCAAUCCCUUCUCUCUGCCUAUCACUUAAUGUGUCACAUUUUCUUUAUCCUAAGAAAAAAAAAAAAAGCACUGAUCUGAUAUAUUUUGUCGAACACUGUUACACACCGAUCGAAGCAGAUGUUCGUUGCACAAAAACAGUAUGACGAUGUAAAUGUGUAAAAUACUCGGUUGCUGUUCUGAUGUUGUUCCAAUGUAACAUUCAGUAUAUUUGUUUUGAGAAAAAA